ACGGGCAUCUGGAUUUUGGGUCGGAUGCAACUUUAGGCUAUUCAGAAGUCCAGCCGGCGACAGAAAGAUGAAGACGUAGACCUUUCGGUCGCUGGCGUGCUAUUUCUGUUGCUGCUAUCACCUCAGCAUCUAAGAGUGCCGCCUUAGAGGAAUUGCCGUGGUUACUUGCCUUCGGCGUACGAGCCAAGAUGAGAGAUUUGUUUUCCUCUCCGAAUGGUAUGAUCCAAAUGCAUCUCUUCUUCGCCGUUUCGAGCUACUGUUUUACCCGAAGGACGGGUCUGUGGAAAUGUUCGACGUGAAGAAUCACCGCACUUUCCUGAAACGCACCAAAUACGACAGCGUUCACCUAGACGACCUCUUUAUCGGCAAUAAGGUGACCAUCUUUUCCCGGCAGCUGAUGCUCGUCGACUACGGAGACCAGUACACCGCCCACAGACUCGGCAGCAGGAAAGAAAAAACCCUGGCAUUAAUUAAACCGGAUGCUUUAGGGAAGAUCGGCGAAAUCAUCGAAAUAAUUGGCCGUGCUGGACUUACCGUAACUAAACUGAAAAUGAUGCUAAUGUCCAGGAAAGAAGCCACUGACUUCCACGUGGAUCAUCAAGCAAGGCCCUUCUACAAUGAACUUCUGCAGUUUAUUACAAGCGGUCCCAUUGUUGCCAUGGAGAUUUUGGGCAACGAUGCUAUAAAGGAAUGGAAGGCGUUACUGGGACCAGCUAACUCCUGCGUGGCUCGUACAGAUGCUCCAGAAAGCAUCAGAGCAAAGUUUGGAACGGAUAACAUAAAAAAUGCAGCCCACGGACCUGAUUCUUUUUCUACUGCCGCCCGAGAAUUGGAGCUGUUCUUUCCCUCCGGCGGAGGUUGCGGCCCGGUGAACACGGCAAAUUUUACCAACAGCACUUGCUGCGUUAUUAAGCCUCACGCUAUUAGUGAAGGACUUUUGGGCAAGAUUCUCAUAGCCAUCCGUGAAGCGGGCUUUGAAAUUUCUGCCAUGCAGAUGUUCAACCUGGACCAGGUUAAUGCCGGAGAGUUUUACGAAGUGUACAAAGGAGUCAUCGCCGAAUACAACGAGAUGCUGACAGAAAUGUGCGCCGGUCCCUGUGUGGCAUUAGAGAUUCAAGAAGGUGGUGCGUCCAAGACAUUCCGAGAGUUCUGCGGGCCUGCUGACCCUGAAAUAGCCCGCCACCUUCGCCCCGGGACCCUCCGAGCCACUUUCGGCAAGACCAAGAUUCAGAACGCGGUCCACUGCACCGACCUCCCUGAGGAUGGGCUCCUGGAGGUGCAGUAUUUCUUCAAGAUCCUGGACAACUGAGCCCGGUUUGCUGGUAGGCCCCUCUCCCCCAAGAGCAGAUCUCACACACUGCAGUAAUGUGUUCAUUCAUUUAUUGUCCAAUGUUUUAACCUGACUGAAUACAAGAUCAACAAGA